UUCCUUUAAAUAAGUGUCUUAAGUUACAAAGUAAAACUAAACAAACAUUUAGUGCAUAUAAAAUUGUAAUGUAUGACCCUCAAUUGCAGCGGAGCAGCACAAUAUCUAUAAAAAUUUAAGCCGAAAGCUGUGUCAUAUAUUUUACACACGUAUCAACUUAAAUGUUGUUACAUAAUCUACGGUAAAAUUGGAGCUUGCCUUGCAGUUACAUCAUAACAAAGACUAGAGUUGUUUCCCCUGUCCGGUACACAUGUUGUGAACAAGAUGUCAACUUUAUGUCGAGCGUUUCUUGUGAACAAAGCGAAAAUCCUGCAGUCAGCAUCAUCCGUGCUUGUGCGUGCAGGACAGAACAACUACUCAGAAUCCGGACCACAAUCACUGAUCGGACGAGAUUUCCUAACACUGAAGGACUUCACGCCUGCUGAAAUAAAGCAACUAUUAUGGACAGCAAAAGACUUAAAGACCAGAAUAAAAUUGCAGAAAGAGAUUGUCCGGCCAUUAAUUGGCAAGUCAAUCGCUAUGAUUUUCCAGAAGAGGAGCACAAGAACGAGACUUUCAACAGAGACAGGGAUGACUCUGCUGGGCGGCCAUGCUGCAUUCCUCGGACCGGACGAUAUCCACCUUGGAGUGAAUGAAAGCGUAAAAGACUCUGCUAGAGUGUUGACUAGGAUGUGUGAUCUCAUCCUGGCCCGUGUGUAUAGCCAGAAGGAUCUCGAUGACCUGGCUGAAGAAUCAUCUGCACCGGUCAUCAGCGGUCUGUCUGACCUCUACCAUCCUCUCCAGAUUCUAGCAGACUUCUUAACUCUACAGGAACACUUUGGUUACCUGCGUGGACUGAAGAUAGCCUGGGUUGGUGAUGGCAACAACAUCACUCACUCACUCAUGAUGGGUUGUGGCAAACUCGGCAUUGAUCUCUCCGUGGCAACGCCUAGGGGUUAUGAAUGUGAUCCAAAAGUUACCCAAGACAUGAUUAAUCUUGCAAGCAAGAAUGAUAUGCAGUUCCACACGACAAAUGAUCCCCUGGAGGCUGUAUACCGAGCUAAUGUGAUCGUCACGGAUACGUGGAUUAGUAUGGGCCAGGAGGAGGAGAAGCAGAAAAGACUGAAUGACUUUGCAGGAUAUCAAGUCACUAGAAAGAUGCUGAAAGAAGUGCACAAUGACUGGGUGUUUCUUCACUGUUUACCACGGAAACCAGAGGAAGUUGAUGAUGAUAUAUUCUACGAUAAACAUUCAAUUGUCUGGCAGGAGGCAGAAAACAGAAAAUGGACAGUUAUGGCUGUGAUGCUGCAUUUACUAACAGACUACACUCCUGCCAGCUACAUACCAAAGUUCACCCGAGGGGAAUGAUAACAGUUCUGAUUCUUCAGAUCAAAUCCAGAAACAUCCAGGGGAAACGAAGGGGAAAUGCUGAAUAUUACUACAAAUAUAUUCUUAUAAAAUAUGCAAAUGCUUGAAAAAACGUAUAUUUUUUAUUCAGUGAUUACACACGAUGAAAAACUAUUCUUUUUUUCCUUUCUAUGAUACAUCGAGUCAAAAGCUGCCACUGCCAAUCAAAAAUGUGUUUUCACAGUGAGACUUGGUAUUGCGAUCUUCCCGUCCCAACCAUUGCCUGACAACUGGUAUAUCAAAGGCUGUGGUAUGUGCUGUCCUGUUUGUGGGAAAUUACAUAUAAAAGAUCCCUUGCUACUACUAAAAUGAAAAAAUGGAGCAGGUUUCAUCUAAGACUUUGUGUCAAAAGUUACCAAAAGUUUGACAUCCAAUUGCCGAUGAUUAGUAAAUCCAUGUGCUCUAGUGGUGUCGUUAAAUGAUACAAACUUUGGUAUUGUGAUCUGUAACAUGCAGUGUCAAUCUUUGGAAGUGUGCAUAGUGGGGGAGCAGUCAUUGACCCAAUCUCGAACAAAUUCCUGCUGGUUUUCAGGCAAAGCUUGUGAAAUCUCGGGAAUUGUUGUGGCAUUUUGGAUGACAAAUAAUAAUGUGCUGCAUCUCUAAAGCCGUGAACACCCUAUGAGAGCAGGCAUGUGUGCAAAACAUUUAGUGGGUGGGAAUCUAGACUGGUGGGUAAAGUUUUUUAGUGGGGUUGGGUCAUACUCCCCCAGAAAAUACAUUAAAAACAAAACAUUUGCUUGGAGCAGGUUGUGUGUUUGAAUCCCCCAUUUAACAUGAUGUGAUGGUAGUACUAAACCAAAUAACUUCCGGCCCGGUCAAAGUUCAAGAUGCACCCAACUUUUGAUAGAGAAGUGAACACCGCAAGUCCUGUGAUUGGUGAUAAAUGUGAGUGUGUUGGUUGUAAAUAAAAUAGUUUCAUCUGGGCAAAAAAUGUAUGCAAUUUUAUUUAAUCUAGUGCUUGAAAUAUACCUGUAGAAAAAAGUCCUCCCAAUUUUGUGCAGAACUAGGGUAUUUAUAGACCCUACCCGUUAUUUCAGAAAUGAGCAGCUUGACCCCCAUUUUUUUCUGAUUCACUUUAAGGUGAGGGGUGGUAGUAUUUAUAUCUGUGGUGUUUAUGUCGAUUGAUACGCUGCAGGUAGGAGUUUUAGUCACAUAUGUUAGUAUUGUGUUCUAUGGGAUUUGAUUUGAAACAGCAUACCUAUCUGCACCUGUGUCUGGAUAGGUAUGGAUUGAAACAACCAUACCAUUAUGUAAUACAGGUUGCACUAUGAAAUCACACACUGAACCAUUUGUUUCUCUUAAUGAUAAACCAUUUAAUUAAUACCUCUUCACUGAUUUCAUUAUAGAUGUGGAGCUUACGAUAAACCAGUUUUAUCUCUGUGUAGAUAUAUGUAGUUUGUGAACAGUUUUCCUCCUUAGUGUGUUCAUUUGAAACAUCCAUACUUCUUCCUUUAGAAGUCAAAUUUAUAGUCUUGCUUGCUAUGCCACAUACUUCAAAGCCCCAACUAAGUUCUAACUUACUUUCUAUUGUAUUUAAAACCUCUGUGAUUGAUUUAUUUUUAAAAAAUCUAUUUUUAUUUUUAUUUAUUUUUAAUCCUUUUAAAAUGUUUACAAAGUGGAACCCGGAUUCUGCCUAGUAGCAAAAGUCUUUAUUUUGUGAAUUGGAUGUGGGUUUUUUUUACAAACAAUAUUUAAUCAUUCGAUAUUCAUUACAACUUUAAAAAAGAGACUCUUUUUUUCUCCCAGAGCAUUUCUUAUCAGAUAUUUACGCGAAUCUCAGAACAUAAAGAAUCUCAUUCUGAAGGAGUCGUUAAGAGGGUAGAUGACCAGUAUGUAAUACAAAAUGUCUCUUUACUUGCUCAAGCAUUUACAUUCACAAGAAAGAAAGAAAAUCACAAUGUUGAAUGAAUAAUCAAUUUUCAUAUAAUUUCAUGCAUUUAUUGUUUUGCUUAUUAAUGGAUUUCUUGGUAUACAAUUACUUGGUGCUUGGUAUCGGGCUGUUAUUUUGUGCUUUACAUCAGGUUUUGCCAUAAAUUAUUUGGUGCA